AUGGUCGUCAAGAGCUGUCUCAAGCAGAACGUCGCACCCCCGUCCGCCACGGACCCGGAGCCCCCAAGUUACGAGGGCCCCCUCCUACCCUCAGACAUUGAACAGCCAAAGCCCCUGCGCGAGGCGCGGCGGAAAUCCGUGACGUUCAGUGAGGAUGGGAAUGCGGAGGUGGUGAAGGAAGAGGUGUUUUACGUCGAGGAGUACGACCGGACACCUAUGAAGGUCACCAACAGACUCAAUUACAGGGACAUGCUCGAGCUCAUGGAGCUCCGGCUUUCUCUCCCCCGCAUUCGCGCCUUCGGCAGGAGACAACGCAGCAGCUCCGUCGAUUCCGAGGGCUCCACUAGCUGA